CACCACUGCUCCACCAGAAGUGUGUUCCUGAAAAGUGUGAGGGUCUUUCUUUAAUUCGGGGCUCUCUCCCCCGGCCGCUGUUACCGGGUAAUUGUCGGGACGUGACCGGCUCGUGUGUCGGAGAUGCAGCGGGAGACGAGAUCUUAACGGGACAACAAAAAACGCUACGGUCUCUCCCGCCCGGUUGUUAUGGAGCAGCCACCUGGGAGCUUAGAUGAUCUACAGCCUCAAGACCUCUCCACCUCCAGCAUCUCCACUGUGAUCGACCUGACCAGGAAGGGCGAGGAAUGUGUCCUGAAUGCCACCUCCAUAGACGGCCUGCGGGUGGUCAAGAGCCCCAGCUGGUUCCAGAACUCCGGUACAGGCAACCCGGGAUUAGCCUUCUCUGAGACGGGCUCCUCAGACGUCACGCUCAGUUCAGGGGAACAUAUUCAACCAGACAAUGCCUUCUCCCACACUACAGUCACCCUCUCCUACGUGAGCAGGUCUCAUGUCUUUUCCACCCCAGACUCUCUGUCUCCGCCCAUCAGCCGCUUCGCCCUCCACCCUUUGUGUGAUUCGGAUAAAGGGCUAGCGGAGAGCGGCUACUUACUGAACCAGCAUUACUUGGAGCGGGUCGAGGGGCCAGUGGACCUCGCCGCUCAGCCAGAACUCUUGCAGUCAUUGUCCCAGGCUUACACGGGACCAGAGGAUGGCGGGGACAUGUUUCUAACGCAGGACGUUCGUGAGCUGAAUGGUGGAGCCGUUAGCAGUGGCGGGGACGUGGAAAAUGGAACGCAAGGUGAAGAGGAAGUGGAAAGCAGCGGUUCUUGGGAAAACUGUCGGGGUUUGGAGAACGGUCAAGCUGACAGCCGGUCGAGUGCAGGGGUUUGCAACGGCUCCUCCCCGGAGACGCUUGUUCCUGCAGCGGUGGAGGAUGAGGAGCAGGACGGCUCCGAUGUGGUCUUCCUCAUGUCUAACCGACAAGACCCGACGGUCGCUAUGGAUGCAGUGGCUGCUAAAGACUCUCAUUCCCUGAACAGGGAGUAUGUCAGUCCUCUGGAGGACCCCGUGUCCCCCUCUGCUACCUCACUGGACGAUGUGGAGGACGAGUUCCUCCUGCCUCAGGCCUCCAGCUCACCCAGCGGCGACAACUCUUACCUGGAGACUGCAGAGGACGCUGCGUUGGACGGCUUGAGCACAAACGGCACCAUUGAGCUCAGCUUUGACACCAGCGCUAACGGCACAAGGUUGGAUUCGAGCUGCGAGAACGAGCCGCAGGUGCUCAGACAGAAGGCGCCAGUGGAGUUGAUUGAUUUGACAGAGGACGAUGAGAAACCCGCGACUGUCGUUCCUCACAUGAACGGGAACGUGAAGGCACUACAGAGGACUUUGAGUGAAAGAAAGCUCCCGGUGCGCUCCGGCAGAGGGAUGCGGCUGGAGGCCAUAGUUAUGAACAUCAACUCCAGCAAGUAUAAAGUGUCAGGAUGCAUACGCACCAAGAAGAAAGCCAGAGCUUCCCCGUCAACCGCGAGCAAUUCCAACGUAGCCCGUCCCAAGAGGAAGAACAACAACAACAACAACAACAACAACAACCAGAAAGUCAGCAAAAGGAGAAGCAGAGCAAGGGCGUCGCUCUCGGUGAAAACGACCAAACAAAAAUCAGGAACUCCAGUGAAAAGAGACAAAAAUCUAAACGCUAACACUGACAGUAAAGACUCUACCUCUGAUUCUGAAAUCCUCAGUAGUCCACUAAAGUCACACAGCAGCACACCUCAGAAAAGUCCUCCGUUUUCAGUGCACAAAAAAAGGUCGAGAAAAGAGCUGGAUGGUGUUUCACAUUCUGAGAGCUCGCCAGAAAAGACGCCCACGCGGUCGAGGACAAAACGCUCAUCGCAGUCUUGUCCUCACUCUGCUGUCAACAAGACAAACCUGGAACCCGAACCCUCGAGGUUGUCCCCGCCUCCUUCACCACCACCACCACCGCCUUCAUCAAAUUCUCCAAAGAAAAGUCGAGGCAAAGCCAAAAGUCAGGCUGCAGAGAACGGAACACCUCCCACUGCCAAGACGAAGGCGGCUCGUACUCCAAAGAGGAGGCGGAACAAACCCAGAGGCAGGCAGCUGCCGCCGUCGUCCAUGUUCUCUCCCAAGGAGCCGGAGAUCAAGCUGAAGUACGUCAACUACAAGGAGGAGAAACGAGACCCGAGGUUGGACGGUUUCUCUCCGUUCAUACACCUGGAGCGCCGGCAGUCGUCGCCGUCACUGUGCACUGUCAUCAACUAUCCCGAGGAAGUGCGGACGCAACCUAAGAAGGGUCAGCAGCCGCAGCUGGCUCUCUCCACUGACUUCAUCUCUGCAGCCAUACCCAGCACUUCCUGUGUGCAGCUGGGCCGGGCGUCCACACGCGGCCAGCACCAGCGCGCUUUCGUCUGCUGCCUGUGUGGACAGUCGGCCAACGCCAUGGACCUGGGCGACCUCCACGGCCCUUACUACCCCGAGGGUUACCAGAAAAAUGCCAAAACACCAGCCAGCACGUCAGGCCUCAAGGAGGACGGCGGCGGUGGCGGCGGCGGCUACAGCGACACCGACUCGUCGUCCUGCAGCGUCAGACGCAGGACGAGGAGGAAGCGCGCCGUCCCGCCCGCGCUGCGCUCGUUCAGGACCGGAGCUCAGCUGAAGCAGAGUCAGCGGUGGAGCGGCGGGGACGGCACCGACAGCCCCGCGGCGAAGCGGGCUCACUCCGUCGCCGGCGGCGAGGACAUAGAGGACUGGUACAGCGCCCCUGUUCUGCUGCUGGAGCCCUGCGAGUACUGGCUCCAUGAAGACUGCGCCAUCUGGUCAGCAGGCGUGUUCCUGGUCAAGGGCAAAGUCUACGGUCUGGAGGAGGCGGUGAAGGCCGCGCACGAGACGGUGUGUUCAGCGUGUCGGGAUCCCGGGGCGUCACUGGGCUGCUUCUUCAAAGGUUGUCCCAACAAGUACCACUACAGGUGUGCUCUGGAGUCAGCAGAGUGUGUUCUCAUCGAGGAAAACUUCUCCAUGAAGUGUAAAAAGCACAAGAACAAGACGUUGAAAGGCGCUUCAGGGACGAGAUGGGACGACAGGUGACAGAAUGAACGUCAGCAGACGUCCGGCUGUGACCUCCUCUCCUGGUAACCAUGGCGACGGUUCUCACCAAUCGACAGCCAGCACCCGUAAACCUUAACUCCGCCCACUCUGCUCUGCAGCCAUCCAACCACAGAAGGGUUAGGGUUAGCGCGGAGUCAGUCCAGCGUGUGGCGCUGUUGUCACAUCGCAGCGAACUCUGUCGUAUGUGCAGUUAUUUAUAAAGUUUGAUUUUUCUGGAUCCGAUAUGAGUAAUAAUAAUAAUCAAAGAUAUUUAAUUUUCUAAGUAUUUGAUUCUAUUUGGUUUAUUUAUUCCGGAAGUUUCUCGUUUUUGCGAACUUUGAUUGUUUUUAAGUUAUUGAUGAUCGCACGUCGUCAACAAGGCGAGGUUUUUUUCGGAUUUCACAAUCGUCGUUUUCUCCGCAGUCGUCGCGUUUGAAUGUACUUUCUGUGUGUGUGUGUGUGUGUGUGUGUGUGUGUGUGUGUGUGUGUGUGUGUGUGUGUGUGUGUGUGUGUGUGUGUGUGUGUGUGUGUGUGUGUGUGUGUGUGUGUGUGUGUGUGGUCCUCUGCUACGUCCAACAUCACCAUAGCGAUCACAAGUGGCAACAGUUUAAAAUGGCGGCGACGAAAAACAACGAAAUGUAGUGAUUUUUUUAAAUUCAAUUUAAAAUCUGGUUGUUUUUGUUUAACAAAAUAAAUAAUUUGUCAAUCAAGUAGAUUAAUCAAUUCAUGUUUUGUAUUAGUUUUUUUAUGCAUUGAUCACUUCUGAUUGAUUGAAUGUACGACAUUUCAAAUCAAAAUAAUUAUUUCAUCCUGUGAUUUAAUCACUUUCACUUGGGUUCACAGGCCGUUCAUUUAAAAACUAUUCAUGCAUAUGGGACGUUGGUUUCCAUGGUAACGUUGAGUCACCGUCGAGAACCAGCUCGAGACGUGAACCAUGGUUUGUAAACCGCAACCAAACUCCAUUGAGAAAAUCUGUGUUUUUAGCUCAUGGCGUCACACAGGCUGCCGGUGUAGCGCUGCCUCGUGUGGUCAGUUUGUGUCACUGAGGUGAAUCUAAAGAAAGAGUUCUAAGCACUGAAUUCACACAGUGACAUUUAUGAACUUACUGACGGAGGCAGCAGUGGAUCGACCGCUCCUGGUUGCUGUGAUGUAAAAAUGGAGUUUUAACCGCAUUUAAAAAAACAACAGAACGAACCUUUAAGAUUUCUGCUGCGUGAUAUUUUUUCUGCUUCUGUCACUAACGUGUGGCGCAAAGACAAAUCAGAGGACGUCGUCCCGGCGACUGAAGGCAGCUGUCAAUCAGUGUUUGUGACGCAGCUUCACACUGACUCACACUGAGCUUGGGUCCAGGUGUGUUCGCACCUGUGCGGUCAUGUGUGAAGGUGCUGCAGGCGUCAGCUUGUAUGUUUGUUUUUUGUGUGAAUGUGAUUUCCCCUCUCUGUACCUCACGAUGCUGCCACUAGGGGCAGUGUUGUGCCGUGUAAGGCCUGUUUGAACCACAGUGUCACUGAUGAACCACACCUUUUUUUUUUCUUUUUUUUUUAAUUUGUGCCACUGUUAAUGUUUUUAUUGUCAUUAAAUACAUUUUAGUUUUUUUAACAGAGAGGUUUGUCAGAGCCUGAGAUUUUUAUACCAAAAUACAUGUUUUAUUCUGGCUUUUUUUUUUGUCCAUGUGUUUAAUCUCAGGGCUGGUUGUAUUUGUUGUUUUCAUUUCUCAUCAUCACAUUCCUCCUUGUCUUCUUCACGUCUGUCAGCAUUGCCGCCGCAGUUUUAGGGUUUAUAACUUCAGAUUAGGACUGCCAAUCUGUGUCACUUUUCUUUUUUUUUUAUUUUAAAUUUAAUCUGUGGCAGCAUUUUGUACCGUCUUUGUUCACCUCGGAGAACGAGAGGGGUCGUAUAAUUGUCAAAAAUAAAUAUUUUGUUCAAUG